CUAUCUGCAACACUUUUUUUUUUUUUUUUGUUACUUCUCCAAGUUAUAAGGAGUCGUCGUAUUUGGUGUUGGGGGUUUGAUUGAUAGGAAUAUUAGUUAUUGGUACAAACCGUAAGUUAUUAGAAAGAUAGAGGACUGUUUAGGUAAAUAAAAAGAGGAAAGAAAAGUCAAUUAGAGGAAAAAAGAAGGGUUAGGUUUAGAAAAUCUGAUCCAGUAAGUAAUUGAGAGAUUGGAUUGUCUGGUUAGAAGCAGUGGAGCCCUUUCCUUUCUCUCUUCUCUCUUUUCCUCUUUGCCUUCUUCUCCGAAGAGAAGGUCGACGCUACUUCUUCCUUCUUCCUUCUGGAUCUGAUUCGGAUCCAUCACUCUCUCGUUCUCUACAUCAAUUUUUCAGAUCUUCGUCUUUUUUCCUUCUACCUGUAUUUGUCGACCUUUUCUUCUCUUAUCACUAAACCCUCAAAUCCUUUGUUUUGGGUUGAGAUUGCUUCUGAUUGUAAUUGAUUUGUUGUGUAUCUGUUGACUUGUGAAAAGUCUGCGAGUGACUUCUUCUUGUUUACAUCAGCUUCUGUUGAAUCUCUUAGAUUCUUAAAAGCUUAAAUCUUUGUUGCUACUUUGUUUGUUUCUGUGCAUCCCUUUGACGGAUGUGGAGGAAAAAAAGGGUUGUCUUGAUGAAAUGAGGGAUGUUAUCAACGUUAAUGAAACUCUUGAGUGCUUGUCUGUGGCCGUCUUCUUCCUCGGGCAAGUCCUCUGAUUCAACAGGAAAACAAGAUGGAUUGCUUUGGUACAAAGACUCUGGUCAGCACCUCGUUGGUGAAUUCUCCAUGGCUGUUGUUCAAGCCAAUAACUUGCUUGAGGAUCAGAGUCAGGUUGAGUCUGGUCCUUUGAGUACUCUUGACUCUGGUCCUUAUGGAACCUUUGUUGGUGUAUAUGACGGCCAUGGCGGGCCUGAAACCUCACGAUUUGUUAAUGAUCACCUUUUUCAGCAUCUAAAGAGAUUCGCUGCAGAGGAGGCCUCUAUGUCGGUGGAUGUAAUUAAAAAAGCGUAUGAGGCGACAGAAGAAGGGUUUUUAGGUGUUGUGACAAAGCAGUGGCCAACUAAGCCACUGAUUGCAGCGGUUGGGUCUUGCUGCUUGGUGGGUGUUAUAUGCGGAGGGAUGCUUUACAUAGCUAAUGUUGGGGAUUCCCGUGCAGUUCUUGGAAGGGCUAUGAAGGCGACAGGUGAGGUUAUUGCGCUUCAGCUCUCCGCGGAACAUAAUGUGAGCAUAGAGUCUGUUAGACAGGAGAUGCACUCCUUGCAUCCGGAUGACUCGCAUAUUGUCAUGUUAAAGCACAAUGUGUGGCGUGUUAAGGGACUUAUUCAGGUAUCUAGAUCCAUAGGCGACGUGUAUCUUAAAAAGGCGGAGUUCAACAAGGAACCAUUGUACACAAAGUACAGAAUCCGUGAACCGUUCAAAAGACCGAUCUUGAGUGGGGAACCAACGAUAACGGAGCAUGAGAUCCAACCACAAGACCAGUUUCUAAUAUUCGCUUCUGAUGGACUAUGGGAACAGCUGAGCAACCAAGAAGCUGUUGACAUCGUUCAGAACCACCCACGAAAUGGGAUUGCACGGAGACUGGUGAAGAUGGCAUUGCAAGAGGCGGCAAAGAAACGAGAGAUGAGAUACUCUGAUCUGAAGAAGAUAGAGAGAGGAGUGAGAAGGCAUUUCCACGAUGACAUAACUGUGGUAGUCAUCUUCCUUGAUACCAAUCAGGUGAGCUCUGUGAAAGGACCCUCUCUCUCUAUCCGAGGCGGUGGUAUGACAUUCCCCAAGAAAAUCUAAGAUACUCCACUUUUAGGCUCCCAUCUUUUGUAGUUAUAUAAAAAAAAGGUCACUCGUGUUGGUAUAAGAAUGUAUAAUUUUAACGUGAAAGCCACACACCACUGACGUUUGGAACUCAUUCCAGUAAUUAUUAAUUUUUAUUUAUUCAGCAAACUUUGUGUAACGAUGUAAUUUGUUGUUGAUGAUGAAUGGAUAUGAAUGUAGGCCUUCUUCUUCU